AUGGAUUCAACAAGUUUUGUGUGCCAACGGCGAUCCUAUAAUGGCGAAUUGUGCACCGUCCGCUACGCGGGGAAAGUUGCAGGCACCACCGGCGAAUGGUUAGGUGUGGAAUGGGACGACCCAACACGGGGGAAGCACUCUGGAGAGCAUGGAGGAGUGAGAUAUUUUACAUGCAAAAGAAAGCACCCCACUGCAGGGUCGUUUGUGCGUCCGUCUCGAGCUGCAGACCAGCCUAGAAGCUUCCUAGAGGCUCUGCGUGAGAAGUACGCAUCUGAGUUUGAAGAGGAAGCCGCCAGGAGAAAGCUUGGUGGUGCUGUCUCCGGCGAUGCUCUACACAAACCGAUUGAAAUCAGCGGCAAGGUUGUAGAAGAAGUUGGUUUCGACAAAAUCCGAAAACAACUUGCCGAGCUGCAAGAGCUGAAGAUUGUUCUCUUAGAUGGGCUACGGGUCGCAGGAGUCCUUGCUCAUGAUGGUAGCACAGAACAAAUCCAGUCAGUCUGCAAUGAGAUCGAGCAGACCUGCCCUAAGAUUAUCGAGGUUGAUCUCAGUCGAAAUCUUCUGAAUCGUUGGGGUGAUGUUGCAAGUAUAUGUGACUCACUCAAGCGCCUGAGAACAUUGAAGUUGAAUGGAAACCGAAUAGGUCCUGUGGAGGGAGGCUUGAAAUUCGAGAGGAUUGCAGAGCUUCAGUUGGAUGACACGCUUCUCUCUUGCGAUGAGAUAUCAGCUUUGACAUAUCAAUUUUCGUCCCUAGCUACUUUAACCGCCUCCGCUAACCAGAUUUCAACUAUCUCAUCAACCCUUUCGAGCACAAUCACGACAUUAUCCUUGGAGGAUAAUGAGAUCUCUUCUCUAUCUUCCCUCAGAAAGCUUACGUCCAUGAAUAGUCUGAACCGUCUUUCACUACGCGGAAAUCAAGUUGAUAAGAUCUAUGAAACCAAUUCAGAUGAAGCAUGCCCUCUACGGUUUUCAAACAACCUUCAGUCGGUCGAUCUGUCCAGGAAUAGAAUUGACAAUUGGCUUUUCAUCAACCAUAUAUCACUUGUAUUUCCUGGACUACAAACUCUCCGCAUAUCUGGGAAUCCUCUCUACGACCAACCGGUGGGCCCAUCAACGAUCACUGGGUUGCCAGAGAAAACAAUGACAGUAGACGAGGCAUAUAUGCUAACUCUUUCUCGAAUUUCCUCGUUAAAAAUGCUCAACUACGGCACAAUAACAGAAAAGGAUCGCAGCAAUGGAGAGCUCUAUUACCUCUCGCUCAUCGGCAAGGAGUUAUCUGCUUUCCCGGAAAGCGCGGAGCGGGAGAUCCUCGCAAAGCACCCUAGAUAUAGUGAACUUUGUGGAAUGUAUGGUGAGCCUAUGAUUAAGAGAGCUACAGCGUCGACAGGGUCAGGUGCUGCUGUGAAUCCACGGUCUGUUGCUGCACGCUUGUUGAGGUUAGCAUUCAGCUUACGCCGAGAUUUACCGAUGACUGGCACCUCAGACACGAAUCAAGACAAUGCGUCAAGGGAGGAAAUCAAAGUGAAGGAGAUACCCCGAUCGUUUGAUACUUAUCAAGUUAAGGCCAUUGUUUCGCGUCUGUUUGGCCUGGCGCCUUAUGAGUUCAGGUUGAUUUGGGAGACGGACGAGUUGGACCCCGUCAGUAAACAGAAUAUAGAUGAUGAGGACGGAUGGGAUAGUGAAGAUGAGGGUAACAAGCCCUCGCAACCGAGCGAUAACUCCGCGUUCGUUAAAAGAGAGGUUGAGCUUGUGGAUAGUACGAAAGAUAUUGGAUUCUUGUUCCAGUCUGAUCUUACUGAGGCGAAGAUCAGAGUCGAGUUAGCAACACAGCCCUGA